AUGGACACCGACAAAGGUGAGGUUCAUACCUCAGAAGUUAAGAGUGCCGCCGCUCUCUUGGACCGUGUUAAGGGUUAUCCUGAACGUGAGACCGACAAGGUCCAGCCCUGGAAGGAGUGGUUCUCUGUGGAGCCUGAGUCGGAUAAGCCGACAGUUGUCCUUAUCCCGUCAAAGCAUGACUUUGGCUCCGUCAACCUCGGAGGCUUCUAA